AUGGUUUCUUUGAGGAAGCAUGGGUGGUGGGUGGUUGCACUCGCGGCUCAGCAUCUCAACGCCCAGAAGCUAUUAGCGAGUCUUGACUAUGGCUCGUUUCAGGGCACGUACGAUGUCCGAUAUAAUAUCUCGUACUGGCAGAAAAUCCCUUAUGCAGCACCGCCGGUGGGCGGAAACAGGUUCCGAGCGCCGCAGCCUCCCCUGCCAAUUACCAGCGGAGUAUAUAACUCAUCUCAGACUUUUGACAUGUGUCCGCAGAGAGCAGUGAACGGAUCCGAGGAUUGCUUAUAUCUUGGGUUAUACAGCAGGCCGUGGACGACGUCGCAACCUUUGCGGCCCGUGGUCGUAGUAUUCUACGGCGGCGCAUUCGUCCAGGGCUCAGCCUCAUUUACAAUCCCUCCAUCGGCCUACCCGGUGUUGAACGUCUCCGACUCCAGUAAUAUGAUUUUCGUAUACCCAAACUACCGUCUCAACGCCUUCGGCUUCCUUCCUGGCAAGGAAGUGGCAGACGACCCACACUCCAAUGCCAACGCCGGCUUAUUGGACCAAGAGGCUGCUCUCAUCUGGACUCAGAAGUAUAUCAAGCAAUUUGGAGGCGAUCCAACCGAGGUCAGCAUCUGGGGUCAAUCUGCUGGUGGAGGCAGCGUCGUCGCACAGGUUAUUGGGCGGAAGCACGAUGUCCCUUUGUUCAAGAGAGCGCUGGCUUCCAGUCCGUUCUGGCCCAAGACCUACAGCAACGACGAUCCCGAAGCACAGGCGCGCUAUGAGACACUGGUUAGCUUGACGGGUUGUGCUGGGCCAGACAGUCUGAAAUGCCUCAAAAGGGUGGAUGUAUCCGUGAUUCGAAAUGCGAGUUAUGCCAUGGUUUCUGGAAACAUGUAUGGACCAACCUCGUAUCCAUGGAGUCCCGUUAUCGACGGGGAGUUCCUUCGGAAGCCCCUUUCUGAGGCCGCCAAGUCCUGUAGUGUCAACAACCAGCUUGGCUUCUCUAUGUACAAUACACACGAAGGCGAAAACUUUGUGUCAUCCAAUGUUGUAUAUGACUCCUGGGUUGUUGAUUUUCUACCAAAGUUCUCAGCAGCCGACCUCGACCGCCUGAACGCGUUAUAUCCAGUCGCCGGACACGCAGAGUCAAUCCCAACCUAUAACGACUCAUACACCCGUGCCGGACUGAUUUAUCGCGAUUCCGUCCUGGCUUGUCCGGCGUAUUGGACGGCGGGUGCAGCACCGAAGGGCAGCUGGCUGGGAGAGUACACCAUUUCACCUGCAAAACACGCCUCCGACUGGAACACGGUGAACGCCAUCCAGCAGACCGACCCCCUGCACUAUGAAGGAUACGCUGGCGCAUUUGCUUCUUACUUCAUGACAGGCGACCCAAACGCGCUGAAGCUGACAGCAGAGGACGUUGCUGGCGUGCCGGCCCUCAAAACGGGCCAAGAAUUCGUGAUUGAUAGCGCUGGAUUCACAACGAGGAACCUCUCACAAUUUAUGGAGAGGUGCGACUUUUGGAGAGAAGUCGCUCCAAGGUUGCCUGUAUAG